AUGACUUUCCUACGCCAUCCUUCAGCCUUAGCUUUUUAUGAAUCUAGUCAAGAAGAUACACUAACUCAGGAGGGUCCACUAGCAGCUGAGAAGGGAAAAACUCAAGAGAUCCCGAUAUUGAUUGAAGAAUUAGAAGAGCUGGUGGAGCAGGUUGUAAAUACUGGGGUUGCGGUAGCGUUAAAUUUUGCUGAGGAUAAAAGUCCUCCACUCCAAAAGUUGCAGCCCACUGAGCGCUUUGUUGACAAGUUUGAAACUCCUACGAGAUUGAAUUAUCUUUCAUGCUUGAAUGCUUCUGUGUUCAAGAGUGCUGGUGAUAUUCCCUCUUACUACAAUAUUGAUGAUAAAGUGGAUAGUUCUGGAAUGGAGAUGAGCUGCCAAGAAAAUGUUGGUGGUAGUGAUAUUCCUGCAUGUUCUACAGCAGGGAAUAUUUCACAUCAAGACCAGCGUUUCAGUAGCUAUGUGCAGCAGCCUGCUUUUGUGAGUGGAUGGAUGUAUGUGAAUGAACAAGGGCAAAUGUGUGGUCCAUAUAUUCAGGAGCAACUAUAUGAGGGUUUAACUACUGGUUUCUUGCCAUUUGAGCUUCCUGUCUAUCCUAUGAUUAAUGGCACAAUAAUGAACCCUGUGCCACUGAAUUACUUCAAGCAGUUUCCUGACCAUGUCUCUACUGGGUUUGCAUAUCUGAAUUUGGGUUUCUCUGGCUCAAGGGUUCAUACAAAUGGUCCCUUGUCAUCUAUGGAUAUGGCAAUAUAUGGGCAGAAUCAAUCUUUUGACAAUGCUGCUCCUUUGGCUGUUAACUCUGGCUCGCAGUCAGUUCCGCAUUCACAUGGCAAUUACUGCAGUAAUGAACCUAACCACCAAUUUUCAAAGUCAGAGUUGUUCAACAGUAUGAUAUCUUCUCAGAUGUUAGGUGAAGAACGUUGUUGGCUUUAUGAGGAUGAAAAGGGCAUGAAACACGGUCCACAUUCUAUUUCAGAAUUGAUUUCCUGGCACCAUCAUGGAUAUCUUCAAGACUCGUCAAUGAUAUCUCAUUUUGGCAAUAAGUAUGGUUCCUUUCUGCUAGUUGCUGCUGUAAAUGCUCUGAAAGGGGAUACAUCUGGAACCAUUUGUAGAUCAGGUUCCAAAAACAAUGAGCUUGGUGGUACGGUAAACUUAAUCUGUGAAAUAUCUGAGGACAUUUCUUCCCAAUUGCACUUGGGUGUCAUGAAAGCUGCCCGCAGAGUUGUGCUCGAUGGGGUUAUAAGUGAUAUUAUUGCAGAAUUUUUUACUGAAAAGAAACACAAGAGGCAGAAGCUUGAUUCAACUAACCUGGCUUCUGAGACCUCUGUGGUUGACAGCAAAAGGUCAAAUGUUGCUGUGGAGAUUAGUAAAGAUACUGCUGUUCCGAGUGAGCAUGCAUCUUCCCAUAUUGCAGAUGAUCAGACUUGUCUUGAAAUUUCUAGACCAUCUUCAACAAGUAUUAAAUCGGUUGGAAGUGUUGAGAACUUUUGGUGGUCUUAUGCUGUUGUACGUAAAGUACUUGUUGAUUAUUGCAUGCAAGUCACGUGGAAUGCUGUAUUUUUUGACCCUCUAGCAGAGUACUUAUGUUCCUGGAGGAAAAAGAAACUUUGGUCUCAUCCUAAUCUUCAAAUAUUUGUUAAUGGUUAUGGAGAAUAUGAUGGAAAAACUAAAUCUGAAGCCGUGAGUAUCUGUAAUCAGUUUGGAGUGCUGACAACAGGAACAGAUUCUCAUUCUAAGUUACCUUCUUUAUCUUCUAAUGUACCCAAAGAUGGAAAUUUAAUGGAAGGUCAAAGAGUUUCAUGCACUUAUAGUAACUCCAAAAAUUUGACAUGCAUUAUUGAAAGUGUGGAGAAUGAGCUUCACUUCUCUUCAAAGGUGUCUUUAGCUGAAUACUUUCGAAGUUUUGUUGAAAAGGAAGUGAACAAAAUAAUUCAUUCCCCUCAUGAAGACAAAUUGAGUAAGGUUGCUGUUAGUGUCUCUGGUUUCUCAGAACUACACACUGGUGAAACUCCUAUGAAGGAAAUUCUAAAUGACAAGUUAGUAGCUACUGUUAAGGCUGAAGAUUCAGUUUGUGAGCCUUCAUUAGCAAAUCAUAUGUCUAAUGUAUUCUCGAAUGCAUUUGAGGAGUUGUAUGGAGGUGUAGAAGUAGUUGAUGAAGGGGAAAUUGGUGAACUUCCACCUGGAUUUGAAGAGAACUUGCACACAAUUUUCCCACCACCGAAUUUGAAGAUUCGACCUUCAAGGGUAGCUGAAUGUAAUCCUAAGAUUACAGAAUAUGUUGCAACUGCACUGUGCCGACAAAAGUUGCAUAAUGAAGUCCUAGAAGAGUGGAAAUCCGCUUUUUUUUAUCCUACAUUGAAUCAAGCUUUUAUGUCUAAUAAGAAACGCAGUCAUUCUGGUAUUCAUGAGAAAGGAAAAGCAAAGAAAGCAAGGAAGGAACCUUUAAAUGAUGCUACUUCUGGACUGGGAAAGAUGAAAGAAGGAGCAAAAGGUUCUUCUGGAGUUCCUCUAGUUAAUGGAAAGUAUACAUACCACCGCAAGAAACUGUCACACAAAGAGUUGUGUUCCUCUCAAUCUGCUUCAGUGGAUGAUUCUAGGCCAGGAAAGCAGAAUGUGUGUAAGUUAAGGAAUUAUGUUUUGGGAGAUCUGAAUGAAACUGCAAAAGUCAAAAUAGCUGCUAAGCAUGGAAAGGCUAGUGUGGUUAAAGGGAAGAAAGAUAAAUCUAAUAAGAGCAGGUCAUCUAUCAUUGUCAAUGGUAGCACAGAUGGUGAUCGAUUGUCCUUGAAGAAUAAAACUAGUUCGAAAGCAUUGAAACUUUCACGUACCGAUGGUGUUGUGGAUGCCGUAAAAUCUAAUGAAAGGAGGCUUUCUGCGUCAACAAAUAAUAGUGUUGGAAUGAAGAAGGUGGUUAAAAGCAAUACUGAGGAUGUCCUAAAAUCAAAUGAAAAGAAGCUUUCAGCAUCAACAAAUAAUAGUGUUUCCAUGAAGAAGGUGGCUAAAAGCAAUUGCAGUGAUGGCACCAUUAAGGGGAAGACUGCUGGUCAUUGCUCCAAACAGAGACCAAGUGCAAAUAAAAUGUCGAAACAAAAAAGGAAACAUUCAACAGAUGGUAUGCCAUCCUUACAUCCUGCCAAGUCUUUGAAAAUUUCAAACGAUGGUGCAAAGCAUGGAGCAAGCAAACAUGCUACUGUUGCAAGGAGGAAUUCUGCCAAAUCCAAGCCAUUGAAUGUAUCUCCUAGAUCUGAUGGAUGUGCUAGGACUUCCAUUGAUGGGUGGGAAUGGCAUAGAUGGUCUCAAAGUGCUACUCCUGCAUAUAGAGCACGUGUCAGGGGAAUUGCCUGUAUACAAAACAAGUGCAUAGAUUCAGAUAAUAAUUUAUUGCAGCUAUCAAAUAAUAAGGGUCUUUCUGCAAGAACAAAUAGGAUGAAAUUGCGCAACCUUCUUGCUGCUGCUGAGGGUGCAGAUCUUCUGAAAGUGCCUCAAUUGAAGGCAAGGAAAAAACGAUUACGUUUUCAAAGGAGCAAGAUACAUGACUGGGGUCUUGUUGCAAUGGAGCCAAUAGAGGCAGAGGACUUCGUGAUUGAAUAUGUUGGAGAACUAAUUCGUCCUCGGAUAUCUGAUAUCCGUGAACGUCAGUAUGAGAAGAUGGGAAUUGGAAGCAGUUACCUUUUUAGACUUGAUGAUGGUUAUGUGGUUGAUGCUACAAAGAGAGGUGGGAUUGCAAGAUUUAUUAACCAUUCUUGUGAGCCCAAUUGCUAUACAAAGGUCAUCUCUUUCGAGGGUCAAAAGAAGAUUUUCAUAUAUUCAAAACGGCAUAUUGCUGCUGGUGAAGAGAUUACUUAUAAUUAUAAGUUCCCGUUGGAGGAUAAAAAGAUUCCCUGCAACUGUGGUUCCAGAAAGUGUCGUGGAUCACUUAAUUAGUCAGGGAUUGAGUCUUUAAUUCUGGAUCAUGCUCCCAUUGGAUAUCAUUAUGAAGAUUUGAAGACCUUGAUUGUUUAAA